UCCACAUCCACCAGUUUCACUGCAGCAGCUCAAAUCUACAGACUGAUACUGGCUGGCUAACUGACUGUCUCUCUGUGCGACAGACCGACAAGCCUGACUGACGGCGUCAUCUCUAGACAGGAGGACAGAGGUUUCCUAAAUUGGCACUUAUUGUAUUUGUGUCUGUAAUUUGGUAAUGAAGUGAGUGUGUGUGUCGGGGUUACUGACAUUCAGGAGGAGUAAUCCAUUUGAGUAGACAGACGGACUGGGUGAAGUACUGACACGACGGACUGGGUGAAGUACUGACACACGGGACCAGACGGACUGGGUGAAGUACUGACACACGGGACCAGACGGACUGGGUGAAGUACUGACACACGGGACCAGACGGACUGGAUGAAGUACUGACACACGGGACCAGACGGACUGGGUGAAGUACUGACACACGGGACCAGACGGACUGGGUGAAGUACUGACACACGGGACCAGACGGACUGGAUGAAGUACUGACACACGGGACCAGACGGACUGGGUGAAGUACUGACACACGGGACCAGACGGACUGGAUGAAGUACUGACACACAGGAACAGACGGACUGGGUGAAGUACUGACACACGGGACCAGACGGACUGGAUGACGUACUGACACACAGGAACAGACAUGCACACCAUCCACAGGCUGUGCAACGUCUGCAUCGCACAAAAUCUACCUCAGGUGAGAAUCGUUCGAGGUAAAGAUGGUUUUGGAUUCACCAUCUGUUCAGAAUGUCCCGUCAGAGUCCAGUCUGUGGAACCUGACGGUCCGGCCCUGCAGGCCGGUCUCCUGCAGUUGGAUUGUGUCCUGCAGCUGAAUGGAGUUCCAGUAGAAGGCUGGAAGUGUGUGGACCUCGCCCAUGCCAUCAGGAGUUGUUCCAGUCAGAUAGCCCUGGUGGUGUGGAGGGGAGCUCCACAAAUGAGACCCUGUUAUGAAGGGAUUCUCCACCAGCCGUCAUACCAACCACCUUCCUGUCAACAACCAACUCUCCACCACAAGACAACCGUCGAGAAGCUGCUCCCCCACCCCCCCAACAGCAAGCAUGGCAGACGGAGAGGUCAGGGGUCAGGGGCGAGGUCAGGUUUAGGGGCACUGGGGUCUCUUUGGAGGGACAGGAGGGAGGUGAAGGAGGAGGAUGAGGUGUCUGAGUUCUCCUCCCCCAUCACAACACUCAAAGGCACCCGUGUGACAUCAUCAAACGGAGACAACUACAUCAUCCUGUCAGCCAUCGAUCCAGGAAAUCAGCUGCUUCAGCCAGUGUACCAUGACAGGAACGGCACCAUGGGGCGGCUGUACAAGACACAGCCCACCAGGGGGCACCAACAGAACUCACACCUCCUCCAUGACCUGCAACCUGGGCUGUCAAGGCAAUCUGUCAACAGCUGCACGGCCACCAUGCCGCCCCCUUCCUUCUCCACCCAGCCUGGUGACUUUGGUAACUACCAGAACUGUACCAUGGUCCAAUCCCAUCUGCCCUGCUCAGCGUAUGGGACCUACGUCACUCUGUCUCCAAAAACCCUCAUCUUCCCUGUGUUUGUCCAGCCGUUGGAUCUGUGCAGCCCUGAUAGAAGUCUACUGAUGUCAGAGGAAAUGAUCCUUCACCAGGGAGACCUGCUGCCUGCUAAGGUAACUGUGCUGAUCUACAGCGACCUGCUGUUGCUCACCAGAGAGGAGGAGGCUGGACACUGCAACGUCCUGCAGAGUCCACUGUACCUGCACACGCUCCACCUGCAGGAAGUUGCAUCAGACUCUCUCAGGUUGUGUGUCCUACAGUGUGUUGAGAGAUGGGAGUGUGUGUUCAUCUUGGAGGCGUACAGCCUGGAGCAGAAGACAAGGGUUACCCUCUGUCUCCAAGACAACAUCAACCUGCAGGGGGCGUUUACUACAGAGCCCACCCACACCCAGCAGGCACCACUGGAGGAGCUGCAGUCUGACUUUGGCCUGCUGUCUGUGAGUCAUACAGACUUCCCCUGCAGAGCCUCCUCUCUCUACACCUCCUCUCCAGAGCAGCACCUCCUCUCCUCUUUCCCUGUCAGAGACUUCACUCCCCCACCGCUCCUGCAAAGCUCCCCCCUUGCCCCCAGCCCACCUCCUUACUACACCUCCCUCCUCAAGAGGAGCGCAGAGAUUUCCGUGUGGAUGCAGAGGGAAAAAGGAGAAGUGGAGGUGAGGGGGAGGAGAAAGCAGAGUGAAACAUUGUGUGAGGAGGCGGUGGAGGAGAGAAGAUGGAGAAGGAUGAGAGGAGAGGCAAAGGAGGAGCGACAACAGGGGGAAGGAGAGAGCUCCUCAGAGACCUCAGAGAGAGCCCCCCGUCUUCACAGCAGCCCCUCCCCCGAUGAAGAGGAAGACAAUGAUGAAGAUGAGGAAGACGAAAGAGGUGUUGGUCUAGGGUACAGCUCCCCCUUCAGGUCUGCAGGCCCCGCCUCCAUUCGUCGCUCUCUCUCUGAAGGUUCCUUCUUUCUGGAACCUCGAUCAUCAGUAUUCCUGUCUGACAGCACCACCCAUCGUCUCACCAAGCGCAAGAGCUUUGACCUUCACCUGGCUGUCCAUUCUCCUUCCCUCAACACCUUGAGUAGUCACCUGACCAAAGAUGGAGGGUCGCUCCACAGCCAAAUGCUCCUGCUGCUGACAAGAGGAAAGGACAAGGACUCUGCGCCUCAGUGGAAUAAGAAGAGUAAGCAUCUGAGAUGCCUCACAUACGUACCACAACAAGACUGUCUCCAUGGUAACAGCCUGGAGAAAGCCCGGCGAAACAACAGGCCGUCUCCAGAGGAGAUGCUGCGGUGGGCAGAGAGCUUCCAGACCCUGCUGGACAACUCAUAUGGACUGGCGCUCUUCCGUCACUUCUUGAGGUCGGAGUUCAGUGAGGAGAAUCUGGACUUCUGGUUGGCUGUGGAAAAAUACAAGACGUGCCCACUCAACAGGAUGGCCACCAGCGCCCUCCAGCUGUACCACGAGUACAUCGCAUCACACGCCGCGAGACAGGUCAAUGUGGACUCGUCAGUCAGAGAGCAGACCAAUCAGAGCAUGAGGAGCGGCCUGUCUCAUUCCUCCUUCCAGUUGGCCCAGGAACACAUUUACAGCCUGAUGGAGAGUGACAGCUACCCACGAUUCCUCAAGUCCCGCCUCUACACCCAGCUAGCCAACCAUAAUGCUCAAAGCUCACAGCUAGCCAUCCAGAAUCAUGGAGGAUCUACUGUGUUGGCCAGUCAGCAGCGAGCAACAACUACACAACUGACCAGCCAGUAAAGACCAGCUCCAUAACUGACCAAUCCUGAGCCAGAUGAGAGCAGGACGAGUAAGAGACUGACUGGUAGACAGCAACCAUCAUCCAGUGACAGACACGCGGGGGGGGGAGGGGUGCAGAAUGAUAGCCAGAGAUAUAGACACAGAUGGGAGGCAAAAAGACAGACAGAUAAACAGACAAAAAAAAAAACAAAGAUGAAUAGAAAGAGAGACAGACAGACAUACAGAAACAGAUGGAUAUAGACACGGACAGAUAGAAGCAGACAGACAGACACAGAUGGAGAGAUAGAAACAGACAUAGAUAAAUAUAAAUAGACAUAUAGACAGACAGACAGAUAGAAACAGACAGAUAGACACAGACAGACAGACAGGCAGACAGACAUAUAGAAACAGACAGAUAGACAGGCAGACAGACAUAUAGAUAUAGAAACAGAGAUAGACAAAUAGAAACAGACAUAUAGACACAGACGGACAGAUAGAAGCAGAUAGAUAGAGACACAGACAGACAGGUACACAGACAAAUAGUAACAGAAAUAGAAACAGACAGACAGAUAUAGACAUAGACAGACAGGUACAGACAUCGAAACAGACAGAUAGAGACAGACAGACAGAUAUACACAAAUACAGAUAUAGAGACACAGACGGACAGAUAGAAACAGACAGAUAUAGACAGAAAAAUAAACAGAGUGAGUUGCAGGUUGUGUUCCGGGCUCAAAGGCACUCCGUCAGCAAUGUGUUGAUGAAUGACGAUAGUCACAGUUCAGCAGGAUGCGCUGAGGUCUCUCCUCUCCAUUUGACAAGGUGAACAGUGUCUGCCAUAACAUUACCAUGGCAGCAUGGACAACACUCCAGACAACAGAGAAUCACCUGUUGCUAUGGAGCAGCUCUGUGGCGCCAACAUGGCCGCCAGUGUGUGAAUAUUGGCUAGUCGUCUGUAGACCUGCGGGUGAGUGGGUAGGAGCGCGGUGCUGGGGGUGGUUUACAGCGUAAAGAAAGGCUUUCAGCCAACCUUUAACACUUAGCUGGUUUUAUCAUGACACCUCACCCAUCUGUUGGUCAGCUGUGUGAUGAGCCACGCCCUCCAUCUGUCAUCCUCAUCUAUUUACAUCUUCAUCGGUCAUCCUCAUCUAUUUACAUCUUCAUCUGUCAUCAUCUAUUUACAUCUUCACCUGUCAUCCUCAUCUAUUUACACCUUCAUCUGUCAUCCUCAUCUAUUUACACCUUCAUCUGUCAUCCUCAUCUAUUUACAUCACCUGUCAUCCUCAUCUAUUUACAUCUUGAAAUCAUAUCCAGCAUUUAUGAUCUAAUCACUAAUGUAUUCUAUGAGCGCAUGAAGCACAUAAAUGGGUCACGACUAGUUUGGUCACCAUGGAAACCUAUCUUCACUUGACUCCAGGUCUUCUUGGUGUAAGUUCUAGUUCAGGUCCAGUGUCCACAGACGACUGUUCCCCAGAACAACAUUUUCUUCUGAAACUAUGUGUUUAUCCACCUGUAACUAAAUACUCCUAA